AAAUUCGCCGAAAAGGUGGAAACUUUUUUUCUGGAUCUGUUGCAUUGCCUUUCUCUCCCCUCCCCGACGCAUCUUCUAUCCAUAUCUAGCUAAGCUGCAACUACCGUACCUGGUGGGCCUUCUUGAUCGAUUUUACUUGCUAUAUAUGCGUAAAAAAACCAGCAGAUACUUAUAUAGAGAGAGAGAUCUAUAUGUGUUGCUUGUGGACUUGCGAUUGUUCAUUGUUCUGAGAUCCAUCUAGGUUUCUUGUGCGUGCGUGCGUGCUAUUGCUAUCCACCAUGACGGUAGCUCACCUCCUUCUCCAACUCUCUGUCGCCGGCAAUGCUGCCAGGAACAGGAUGGUUCCUCCUGCCAUUCUCCUGAUUCUUCAGCUUCUCUUCGCAGCGCUGGGCGCUGACGGCGCGUCGUCGUUCACCUUCACCAACGCCUGCCAGCACCCGGUGUGGGUGGGAGCGCUCCACGGUGCGAGCUCGCCGCCGCUGGCGCGCUCCGGCUUCUACCUGGCGCCGUCGGCGACGUCCCGCCUGGACGCGCCGUCGUCGGGGAGCUGGUCGGGCACGUUCUGGGCGCGCACGGGCUGCGCCGUGGACUCCGCCACGGGCCGCUUCUCCUGCGCCACGGCCGACUGCGGCACGGGCGACGUCGCCUGCGAGGGUCGCGGGCCGGCGCCGCCGGUCACGCUCGCCGAGGUCACCCUUGCCGCGCCCGGCAGCGGCGGGCAGGACUUCUACGACGUGAGCCUCGUCGACGGGUUCAACGUGCCGGUGCGCGUGGCGCCCUCGGGCGGCGGCGGCGGCGGGGACUGCCGCCCCGCGUCGUGCGCCGGGGACGUGAACGCCAUGUGCCCCGCGGACCUCCGCGUCGUGGCGGCGUCCGGCGGCGUGGUGGCGUGCAAGAGCGCGUGCGCCGCCUACGGCAGCGCGCGCUACUGCUGCACGGGGCAGUACGGUACGCCGGCGACGUGCGGGCCCACCAACUACUCGCAGGUGUUCAAGAGCACCUGCCCGGCGGCGUACAGCUACGCCUACGACGACGCCAGCAGCACCUUCACCUGCUCCGGCGCCACCAGCUACGACGUCACCUUCUGCCCUGGGAGUUGAUGAUGCUAUGAGAAUCAAGAGUGAAAACUGGUCACAUGAAGAUGAGGUUUGGAGAUUAUUCCUUCAUAUUUCCUCCGAAAUUCCUACAGAAAUUAUGGUGCUUCAACCAUGAAGCCGGUAGGAGUUACAAGCAAUAAGAUGUUGAAGUGCACACGAGGCAACACGCGCAUACGUGGAUUUAAUUUAUUCAAUAUACAUACUCUUCAUAGAAACGAAGUGGUUCAACGAUAUCAUGAAUGUUUUUUUUUUAAUGUUUGGAUGAUGGAUUGAUGGUACACUUUAACAUCA